AUGUUGACUACUAUUAUUCUCGGUCUUGCACUCGCAGUAACAAGCCUUGCCCAAGCACCAGAAGGGCACCGCACUGUCUACAUCACCUCAGCUCAAGAUGCCAACUUCGUCGUCGUUCCAAAAUCGCGCACCGCAGGCGCACCUCUCGUAGUCCAAUCUCUAAUCAAAUCCCCUUCACAAACAUGGUAUCUUGCUGCGCCAUCAAACGGUACCUCGAUCCAACUUGCCUCUACAACUCUAUGCAUGGACGCUGGCCCCAAAUCAGGCACAGGUACUAAGCAGUGUCUCGAUCUACAGUACAUAAGGGCUGUGGAGAAUAACCCUGUGGGUAUGUAUAAUUGCGCGGGGUUGGGGAAUACGGGAGCGAAGGAUAAAGGAAUUAAUUGGCCGCUUAAGGAUGCUUGA